GGAAGGCAGCGAAGAAACCAGCCGACUCUUCCACAAGUGAUUGAGUGUGUUUACAGAGAGAAAAAGAGUCUAGAAAUGGUGGGACGUCAGUACGAUUGCUUGGUGAACCCUCUUGGGGCUGUCCGAUUCACUUUUGAGAAGGCGGUGACAUCUGGUACAGAUCCGGCUUCUUUGGACCGCAAUGAUUGGGGCGUCGCCGAUCUCUUCCGGGAGUUUCUUUUUGACAACGAUGGCAUCAGUCAGGUCCCGAUACUAACUCCAUCAACUGUUCAUCGGGUUCAACCAAACACUUUAGUUCGCUUCCGUGGAAUGAUUCAAGACAUGCUGGGUAACGAAUUCUAUGUUGGUGCUUAUAAGAACGAAGAGACAUGGAACACCAACAAGUUUACAGAUGUCUCUCAAUUUGCCAUGGAUCCUUCUGCUGAUAUGCGUGUCUGGGAACGUCGUCUUCUUUACUGUGUUCCUGUCCCUGGCCUGAAUUCAUGGGCAGAUUCUACUUCUGAUGGUGCUGUAAUUACAUCCACAAAUUCCCCAUCAGCAAUCAGAGAAAAGAGACAAAGGGAUACCUGUCCUGUUUCCACAGAGGUGGAAAUGCAAGAUGCAAGCAAUGAGCUGCCAAAUUCUCCACGUGCAAAGAAGAUGCGGGAAGGUGAAUCUCUCAUGACUGAGGAAACAGACUGUGGUAGACCUACAGUGUCUGAUGUCGAUUUCAGAAAUAAGUUUUCAUGUUUAGUCAAGAUAUACGACUCUCCAGAGUCUGAUUUAAAGCUAAAUGAUGUGUUUGAGUUCAUUGGUGUCCUUACGUUUGACACUGAAGUUAAAAAUGAUAAUAAUGAACUGGAAGAUGAAUUAGUCAACUUACCUCCUAGCAAGGUGCCGCGUCUUCAUUGUCUUGUACACAGAAAGCUUUCAGUUACUGACAUGGUCUUUAAGUCCCCAACAAUGGAGCCAAAACCCCAUUUGGUGAAAGGAAUACGGGAAUCCUUGUUGCACUACCUUAAAGUAGUUCUUGGUGAUGAUGAGUUAGCAGCUCAUUUUAUGUUAUUGCAUUUAUUGUCAAAGGUUCAUUCAAGGGUAGACUCAUUUGCUGUAGGGAAGCUAUCACUUAACCUUACAAGUUUAGACAAGUCAAGUAUAUCUGUUUUUGGUAACCGAAUCAGCAAUGCAAUAAAGACCCUUUUACCCUUCACUCAUCAUAUGCCUCUCACAGUUGAAUAUCUCAACACUGCUUCACUUGCACCAGUAAAAGAUUACGAAACAAACAGACUUGUGAGUGGGGCUUUACAGUGUGCAGAGGGGUCACAUUUUAUGAUAGACGAGACAUCAUUACAAGCAGGGGUAUUGAAUAGUAAUGGUGUUGAAAACACAAGAUUGCUCAAGGAUUUGAUGGAAUUUCAAAAGGUGGAAUAUGAUUUUAAAUAUUACAAAAUGAAUAUGGAUGCAGAUGUUCAAAUAUUGGUACUUUCAGAAGCAAAAUCAAACAUUCUACCAGCUGAUUUAAUUGUCCCUUUUCAUCCUUCUUCUGUGGGUCCCUUGGGUGACGUGGGUGAAGAAACAUUGAAUGAAUGGAGAUGGUAUUUGGCUACUCUUAGAUCAUCACCACAUUCUAUUGAAACAGAAAUGCAAAAGGUGGUGGAAGAUGAUAUGGUUGCAGCUAGGCAAGUUGAUAGGAGCCUGGGAAGUGAAGAUUUUAGCAGGUGGCUUACAAUGGGGCGUUUGAUGUCAUUGAGCUUUGGGGAGACAUGUUUAUCACAUCAACACUGGCAAAUGGUGAAAGAAAUGGAAAGGUUAAGAAAAGAGAGGCUCCAAUGAGUGUGUUUGUGAUUCAAUUUGGGGAAUAGAUUAGAAGUUGUAUGGAUGUUGCAAAAACGGUUUUUUAUUGAUUGCUGCUGCUUCUAUUGUCACACUCAUGUUCUCAUUGCUUAAGUAUUUAUUAAGCUUAGGUACACUUCCUAUUUUAGAGGUUAAUGUAAUUAUUUUUGACAUUCAAGCAUCAAUAGGUGAUGUUUCAUUGGUGUGGGUGGAGAGUAUUUGAAUGGAAGAUAUUAAACAUGAA